AUGAAGCAACAACCGGAGAUCAAAGUUUGUAAAUUAAGUUGCCACUUUCUACGAUAUUCUUUAAUUUGGCCCGACGAAAAUGAAGAAUUCAACCCAUCCAAACGUUUCUACAUCAAGCAGUUAUUAUUCAUCGUAUUUUUCGCCAUCCCAAACUGGCUGGUGCUUUUUUCGCACCUACUGCUCUCGCUUCAAGAAGGCACAGUCGACGUGAGUGAAGAUUUCGCGAUCUUUACAGCUUUCUUCAGCUACGUUGGCAUGAUGACGAUGUACGUGGUCAAGCAGAAAGAAUUAGCGUCUCUACUGCUUGACAUGAGCGAUUUUCGAACCUUCAGCAAGCCUCCUCUUUUCGACACCAUGAACAAAAAACUGGGCUAUUUCGUCACAUUUAUCUUCUACUAUGCAGUAAACGCAACCUUGAUCUACAACGGCGUUAAAAUCAUCAACAUUCCGAAAUGUAGAAGAGAGAGAAAGAUUGGCGAGGUUUGUGGAACUUUAACACCUGUUUGGACGCCCUUUGACACCGACCACUGGUUGACCCUUGUUUUGGUUAUGUUGUACAUCUUCGGUUUCUACGUAACCGUAGACAGAGGCAUCAUGUUCGUCGCUUUGCAAAGUUUCGAAAUCGCUUGUAACAUCAAGUUGCGAAUCGAUCAACUCAAUUCGAUGCUUUUGAGUUGUUUUGAGGGAAAUUUUGAAGCCGAUAGGAAAAGACUUAAUCGCUGCAUCCAAUACCACAAUCUUAUUAUUAGUUACUCUGAAAGAGUUAAUGGUUGCUUUAUUAACGAAAUGUUUACGUUUUUGGCCACUGGUGGAAUAAUUUUUGGCUGUUUGGAAAACCAGAUACUGAAGCAACUUGAUCUUGGAGCUAUGCUGCACAUCGCUGGAUGGAUUGAAUCAGUUUUCCUUGCGUGUCUAUCGGGACAGAUUAUGAUAGAUGCUUCUACUUCGAUCGCAGAAGCUGCUUAUAACUCCAGGUGGUACGACGCUGAUCCGAAUUUGAGGAAGGAAUUAAUUCUUAUGAUUAUGAGGAGCCAGAAACCGUUGUUUUUGGAAACGGGACCUUUCAAUGUUUUAAGUUUCUCGCUAUUCGUUUCUAUUAUGAAACUAUCGUAUUCUAUUCUAGCAGUUCUUAGAUAA